ACUGCCUGUCCAAUAAAGUACGAGUGUACCACAGCUUACUGAGAACCAAAUUUCAAUUUGUUACUAAACAAUUACCACCAACCGAACCGGAAAUGGAUCUAGUGAAGCUAUUCAGCGUGCUGCUAAUCUGCGCCGCUUUGAUCUUCGUCUGUGAAGCACAGCUCACAUUUACUCCAUCGUGGGGAAAACGGUCCUCGGCUCCGCUGGCCAUGAAUAUGCAGGGUUCUUUCGGCGUCCAGGACAGCUGCAAAACACCGGUAGACUCACUAAUGGUCAUCUACCGAAUGAUUCAGACCGAGGCCCAAAAAAUUCUGGAAUGCAACCAAAAGUGAAUGCGGAAACAAAGGAUGGACUGCUGUCAUCAACAGCGGCAGCAGCGGCGCCAGCACGAAAACACAAAACGCGCUCCGACCGGAAGCGAAUGUUUUUAUUUUUAUUUCAUUUAUUAAGUUUCAAAUCUGUAGAUAUGUAUAACAUCCGUUAUGUUCCCAGUGAGAUGCAUGGCACUCCAACUAAGCGUUCAAAUAUAGACUUACCAUAGGCAACAGAAAAUGGCAUAAGUGAA